GAAACUACGUUAAGCUUAAGCUUAUUUUGAUUUUGUUUUUUCAUUACAAUCUUGGCUGAGGGAAUAAAACUUUCUCCCUCAGCCUUUUUAAAUCUGAAUUUUGAUUUUAGCUUUUCUUCUAUUUUUUCAUAAAUUAAUUUUUUACUUUAUUGAGUUUCUGAAUAUCUAUUUUUUUUAAUUAAUUAUUAAUGGACGACAACAAGAGCGUAGAAUUGGCUCAGUCACAAAUCAACAAAUGGGAAGCAAACGACACCGUUUCAAUAUUUAACGGCGACCGUGAAAAUGCAAAACAGUACCUUAACGCCGUUAAGGGGUUACAGUCAGCCAUGCAGAAUUUCAUUUCUCAGAAAUCUGCAACGGAGAAACUAAUCAGAGCACAAUUUCUUAUGGAAACCGCCAUGAGAAGACUUCAGAGAGAGUUUUACCAUAUCUUGUCCUCUAAUCGAGAGUGUUUGGAUCCUGAAUCGGUUUCGAGUCACUCUUCGUCAAGAACUUCCACGAUUUCGAGUUUCUCUGAUUUCGAAGAUGAGUUGGAAGACGAGUUGAGAGUCACAACCGAAUCGAUUUCGGAAGUUGAGCGGGUAUCGAUUGCGGCCAUGGCGGAUUUGAAGUCGAUUGCGGAUUGUAUGAUUUCGGCUGGUUACGCCAAAGAGUGUGUGAAGAUUUAUACGAAUGUACGGAAAUAUAUUAUCGAUCAGGGUUUGUACCGUUUGGGAGUGGAGAAGAUGAGUUUCUCUCAGAUCCAGAAACUUGAAUGGAAUAUUAUGGAGAUUAAAAUCAAGAGCUGGCUUAAAGCUGUAAAAGUCGCCGUGAAAACAUUGUUUUACGGUGAGAGAAUUCUCUGCGAUCAAGUUUUUGCUUCUUCUGAAUCGAUCAGAGAAUUGUGGUUCAACGAGAUCUGCGGUGAAGGUGCCACGUUGCUCUUCAGUUUCCCUGAAUUAGUAGCGAAAUCGAAGAAAUCUCCAGAGAAAAUGUUUCGAACACUCGAUUUGUACGAAGCGAUUACAGAUUUAUGGCCAGAGAUCAACUCAAUCUUCUCCUAUAAAUCAACCUCCGCCGUUAGAUCUCAAGCUUCUAACUCACUCAUCAAAUUAAACGAAUCCGUACGAACAAUGAUGACAGAUUUCGAAUCGGCAAUACUUAAAGACUCAUCGAAGAAGAAACCCGUUCCCGGCGGCGGAAUCCAUCCUUUGACUCGUUACGUAAUGAACUACAUCUCAUUCUUAGCCGAUUACAGCGAGGUUCUUUCAAUCAUCGUCGCCGAUUGGCCGUUACCAGUCCACGCGCCGUUGCCGGAAUCUUACUUCGGAAGCUCGAACAACAACAAGAACGAUCACGAAACCUCGUCGUCAUCGUCGCCGGGAUUGUCCGUACGGAUCGCUUGGCUUAUUUUAGUUCUUCUCUGCAAAUUAGACGGUAAAGCAACAUUGUUCAAAGACGUUUCUCUCCCUUAUAUAUUUUUAGCUAACAAUCUUCAAUACGUCGUCGUAAAGGUCCGAAACUCAAACCUAAAAUUCAUACUUGGUGACGUUUGGAUUUCCAAGCACGAAGCCAAGUUGAAACAAUACGUGUCGAGUUUCGAGGCCGUUGGAUGGAGCACGGUGUUCUCAUCAAUACCAGAUGAUCCAACGGCUGAUAUUACUCCUGAACAAGCUAAGAAGAUAUUCAAGAAAUUCAUAUCGAGUUUCGAAGAGGCUUAUUGUAAACAGAUUAGUUGGGUCGCACCCGACCCGAAACUCCGAUACUUGAUUAAAGCCUCUGUUGCGGAUAAAAUUGUGGGUCCGUACAAGGUUUUUUAUGAGAGGAAUCGAAUCGGGUUGGUAACAGCUUGCGGGUCGGAUUCUGUGGUGAGAUAUACGCCCGAGAAUUUAGAUAGUUUUUUGUGUGAUCAUUUUUCUUUGGGACUGGAAAUGUAGAGAAUUUUCCUUCCUCUAAUUAAUUAGGUUUGGUUUUAUGUUUUAUUUGGGAGGAGAAUUUUCGUUUGUUGAGAGCUCUCUUUGUAUUUGUUUUUUUAAUUUUCUUUUUGUGAGGAAAUGGAAUAUUGUAAAGCUAAAAGCUUAGAUCAUAUAGUGUAAAGAUAUACAUAUUAUUCA